AUGACCUCGUCUCAAACUCGUCCAGUAGUAGUCCUCGGCGCCGGGAUCCUAGGCCGCCGCAUCGCCUCCGUCUUCCUCGCCGGCGGGUACAUAGUGCACAUCCGCGACCCAUCGCCGCAAGCCCUAACCGCCGCGACCGAGUUCAUCGACACCCACCAUCCAGCCUUCACGGCUCUAACACCCUCCCCCCACCCUACCAGCGGCAACUAUGAGACAUUCACGGACCUCCCUAUGGCAGUCGCCGACGCCUGGCUCGUCAUCGAAGCCGUUCCCGAGAUCCUAGAGUUGAAGACCGAUAUCUUCGGCGAGGUGGAUCGGUAUGCGCCCGCGGACUGUGUCCUAGCAUCCAAUAGCAGCAGCUAUAAAUCUGGGCUUAUGGUUGGAAAGGUUGGGGAGAGUAGAAAGGGGCAGGUGUUGAAUAUGCAUUUCACGAUGCCGCCGGAGAUUCGCACGGUGGAGUUGAUGACUUGUGCUGGGGUCACGAGGGAGGAGGUUCUUGAGGAGACGAGACGGGUUUUGGUGCGCUGUGGGAUGGUUCCGGUUAUUGCGAGGAAGGAGUCGACUGGAUUCAUCUUCAACCGUCUCUGGGCAGCGAUCAAGAGGGAGAUCCUCUAUAUUCUAGCCGAGGAUGUCAGCUCUCCGGAAGAGAUCGAUCUCCUCUGGACAAACAUGUUCCAGCUACCGGAGAGCCUACCACCUUGUCGGCUUAUGGACAAAAUUGGGCUGACUACUGUAGCCCUAAUCGAAGACAACUACAUCCAAGAAAGGGGGCUCGACAGCAGCAUGACAGUUGACUGGCUACGAGAGAACUAUAUCGAGAAGGGGAAAACUGGGUCUAGUAGCGAAAAGGGUGGAUUGUAUGAUCCGACUCCGGCACCAACUACGGCUCCAGCUCAGAAGAACAGAAAGCAAACUCCACCUUUGUACCUACUAGACGUUGGGCUGGGUUCGAACAACCCGGACAUCACACAAAUCCCAACUGCCGGUCGAAUCUUGCGCUUUGAGCCAUCUACUGGUGAGAUGAAGACCCUCGUUGACGGACAGUCUCUUCCAGAUGGCAUUGACAUAUCCCGCUCGGCGAGUCGGAUCUUCUGGACGAAUAUGGGCCGUGCAACCUCGACGCAUGACGGCUCGGUACAUUCUGCAAAACUGGAUGGAUCCGAUGUUCAAACCCUACUUUCGUCAGGAAGUGUGCACACACCGAAACAGCUGGUGGUUGACGACAGAGCUGAAAAGGUGUACUUCUGUGACCGGGAGGGAAUGAGCGUGCACCGUUGCAACUUUGACGGCUCGCAGCACGAGAUUCUAGUACAAACCGGCUGCACUUCGGAAGAUCGGGGUGACAUGACACGCUGGUGCGUGGGUAUCACCCUGGACAGGAUUCGCGGACACAUUUAUUGGACGCAAAAGGGUCCUAGCAAGGCUGGCAAGGGUCGCAUAUUCCGUGCGGGAAUCGACCUCCCUGCAGGCGAGACGGCUCUGAAUCGAACAGAUAUCGAGCUCUUGCUCGAUGGUCUACCCGAACCAAUUGACCUUGAACUGGACGAGCAGAAACAUCGGCUGUAUUGGACCGAUCGUGGUGAGCAUCCUCUUGGGUGUUCGCUAAAUAGCGUUGAUCUCAAUAUGCCACCGCAGCCAAAGUCCCGAUUUCUCAAGGUAAAGGUCAUUGCACGCCAUUUCAACGAGCCAAUUGGGCUAAAACUAGGAGCUGAUGGCGAGCUGUACGUUGUCGACCUGGGAGGAAGUGUCUAUUGUAUCGAGAAUGGAAAGAAGACUCACUUGUGGAGGGAUGAUGCUUGCUAUACAGGAAUUUCUCUGUAG